AUGCCACUUUCCACUCUGACCAUCAUUAGGCCUGCAAGAGACAGCAUCUCAAAUGCGUCUGGGGUCCACAAAUUGCUGGAGAAAGUACACAGACAUGCCUUCGAUGCGCUUCGAUGGGCAAGGUUUGCGCCACAGCGCCUGUUUUUCGUUUCAAGCACUCAACCGCGUCGUCCCCAAAUCAAGUUUGGGUCCCUUGUUCAAGAAGAUCAUACCCAUGGUAGCACGCUUCAUCCUCAUAAUGACCAACUUACGGAUCUUGGUUCUGUUGCCUCUCCAACGCCUCACACGCCAGCAGUUGCGAUGUGUGGAGGAGAUGGAGCCAUUGCAGUAAGCAAAGACGUUUCUCGCAAUUAUGGGCCAAUUCCACGCAGUUCGACAUUGGGACUGGCCAACGUAGAAUCAGUACCCUACCCCUUGACGGAGAACCAUGAAUUCGAUCUCUGCGAUUCCAGCCGCCACUUUGCCAACAUUGUCCCCCCUCGAGCAGCAUCUUGCCCGACUCUCCUGAAUGCUAUCUUUGCCCUGUCCUCCAGACAUCUCAGCCUCAACGCGCAAUAUGACCCCUACGCCUCUGAUCGGUACCAUCAAGCAUGUCUCAAGCACUUGACAACAAUCUCAAACGACUCCUCUGCUCUCAACGAUGACAAUCUGCUAGCAGCGACUAUCCUUCUUCGAACUCUCGAAGAACUCGACGUUCCCCUUAUCGGCACCGAUCACGAAGGUCACCUGUUAGGAAUACAGCUAUUCAUGAACACUUGUGACUCUACAACAACGCCUAGUAGCCUCCGCUUAGCCUCCUUCUGGAUUGGCAUGAGACAAGAGGUAACGAUGAGCUUCGCGAGCCAAAGGCCUGUCAAGAUCAGGCUCGAUCAUGGAUUCAUGGAUCGGUCUCUCUCUGAAGCCGACGAUGAUACAUGGGCAAAUCGCAUCAUUGUCCAUAGUGCAGAUGUUAUAAACUACUGUUUUGGAAAUAACGGUCCAAAUAGACACCACUAUCAAGAACUGGUUGACUAUGAUCAAGCUUGGCUACGAGCUCGGCCAGUGUCAUGGCUGCCUAUUGCCUAUAGUGCUUCGGACGAGAGCUUGGGCGAAGCCUUUCCACAUAUCAUUUAUUUAAACCACGCUGUUGUCAUCGGCCAAGUGCAUAGCAUAUUUGCUCGUAUUCUCCUCAUGUGCCAUGAUGAUCGGGUACCACGAAUUGGACCAGCUGCUCAGCUAGCUCGGAAGCAGAUCGACGACGAUAUCCGAACCCAAGUCCGAGAGCUUUGCGGAAUAGCUCUCUCGAAUCCCUCCACAAGACCCGCCACGUUUACGGCCUGCAUGGGGGUGACGGCAUGUGGAGAUCGAUUUACCGAGAGACGGGAUCAGGAAGCGUUAUUGGAUGUGUUGAUGUUGACCCAGAAUACCCAUUCCUGGCCCACUGCUUCAGCACAGGACCAUUUGAAGAAAGCAUGGGGCUGGGUGGAUUUAUGA